AUGGCCGAACAAGACUACCAGAGUGACAAAGAUAAGGUGGCACCACUGUCUGCAGAAGAGGGGAUCAAGGGGAGUCAGAUUCCUGACAUAGACGAACAAGAUGAUGGGAGUGACUCAAAGAAGAAGGCACCACUAUCUGUGGAAGAGGUGAUCGAGGGAAGUCUUGGACGGAUGAAUUGCAGUCAGAUGGUGCAAGCCUUCCUUGCAUCAGUUCUUCCAAUGUUUGACAACCAACAGACAUUUAUCAGUGUCUUCACAGAUGCUCAAUCAAAAUGGCAUUGCAUCAGUGAUAUUCGAAUAGGUAGUAGUUGCACCAGCAGCUCUAACAUCUGUAAUCUUUCGAAGAGUGAGUGGGCUUGGACUGGGAAUAAGCAUAACACAAUCAUAUCACACUGGGAUCUCCAAUGUGCCAGCUCUUUCAUUAAGGGUUUGCCUGCAACUUCCUUCUUCAUGGGUUGCUUGUUGGGUGGAUAUGUUCUUGCCUCCCUUGGUGAUUCAUCGCUUGGGCGAAAGAACCUUCUCUGUCUCUCUUGCUUGGUUAUGUCACUAGCUUCAUUUGCCUCAGCCUUUUCUCCUAACAUCUGGGUUUACUCUGUACUCCGCUUCAUUGCUGGUGUUGGUCGUGUCUCCAUUACCAUUUCUUCUUUUGUCCUUCUGUCGGAGAGGGUUGGCAAGCGGUGGAGAGGACAAAUUGUAAUGAUUGGUUUCCUCUCCUUAACAAUGGGAUUGUUAUCCUUGUCGGCUUUAGCUUACCUGACUCGAAAUUCCUCAUGGAGCACCCUUUAUCUAUGUACUUCCAUUCCUGGAUUUGUGUGCUCCAUAUUGAUUCAUUUCUUCCUUUGUGAAUCUCCUAGGUGGCUCUUCAUGAUGGGACGUCCAAUGGAAGCCGUAAAUGUGCUGAAAAGUAUUGGCUCCCUGGAUGAUCAUAUCAGCUCUAUGUUACCAAACAUUCUAGAAUUCAAUCAAGGUAUUCCUAGCAAUAACGGGAAAAAUCCUUUUUCUUCAAUGAAGAUUUUAGUCAAGAGAAAAUGGGCUAUUCGAAGGUUGAUAGUAACUAUGGUACUUAGUUUCGGUGUUGGAAUGAUGUAUUUUGGUAUGUUGUUGGGUGUCGGAGGCUUGGGUCUCAACAUCUACUUGAGCUCAACAUUCAAUGCCCUACUAUUCCUUUCAUCAUGCCUGCUAACAUUCCUCUUCUGGAUCCCAAGAUGCAACAGGAGGAGUUCAGUGCUAGGAUUCUGUACGAUUAGUGGCGCUGCCGGUAUAAUACCCAUCACAUUCGGCCACCAUCACAAAGGUAUACAUGUGGGAUUGGAACUGAUAGCUCUGUUUUGUGCUUGUAUGGUGUUUAAUAUCUUGUUCAUGUAUGUGGUGGAGCUGUUUCCAACAUGCAUCAGGAACACAGCAGCCUCACUGUCGCGGCAAGCACUGCUCUUGGCGUCUGUAUUUGUCCCGGUGUUGGUAGUCAUAGGGAGGAGUAAUCAACUCUUCUCUCAUGCAGUCUUUGGUGUGACCAUUCUUCUUUGCGGCCUUUUGGUCAUUUCUUUGCCCGAAACAAAGGGUAAGGUGCUAUGUGAUGGCAUGGAAGAGCAGGAAGCCCAAGACAAGGAUGCUGCUUGCGUGCCAAAGUUAUGA